AUGACCGCCGUUGCUGAGUGAGUAGGCGUCAGCAUGGUCCGCGCACUUGCAAGCAGCUCCACAAAUUGCAAUGGCUUACCUCCCUUCUGAAUCGCUCCUUCCUUGCAGCAUUGGUCUGAUCGGUCUGGCCGUCAUGGGCCAGGUAAGUGGGCGGGCGAUAGCUACAGUCCUCACGGCAAAACUGACAACGCUCUUGACCGCACUGAUUUCGGUUAUCUCUAGAACCUGAUCCUGAACAUGAACGGUGAGUAUCAGUCGUUCGACUAUCUGACAGGACCUCAUGCUGCCGGGUAGGCGCAUUUCGAAGAUUGUAACUACUAGCAGCAAGGCUAAUUCAACCCAUUCACUUUCCCCUUCGGCUGCAGACAAGGGCUUCACUGUUGCGGCUUACAACCGAACAACCUCCAAGGUCACUGACUUCAUGAACAACGAAGCCAAGGGUGAGCGCCUAGCGCAGUCAGACUGCGAUACAGGAGCGAAUUUGGCUGACUGAAAUUCUUGUCAGGCACAAACGUUGUCGGGACGCACUCCAUCGAGGAGUUUGUGGCGAGCCUGAAGCGCCCUCGCAAGAUCAUUAUCCUUGUUAAGGCCGGACCUGCAGUCGACGCCUUUAUCGACCAGCUCACCCCUCACCUGGAGAAGGGAGACAUUAUCAUCGACGGAGGUAACUCGCACUACCCAGACUCGAUUCGCCGCACCGAGGCACUCCAGUCCAAGGGUCUCUUGUUCGUCGGUGCUGGUGUGUCUGGUGGUGAAGAGGGAGCUCGCCACGGUCCUUCUAUCAUGCCCGGUGGAUCAGAUGCUGCUUGGCCUCACCUGAAGGAGAUCUUCCAGAAGACCGCGGCGCAAUCCGAUGGUGAGCCAUGCUGCGACUGGGUCGGCCAGAGCGGUGCCGGCCACUACGUCAAGAUGGUCCACAACGGUAUCGAGUACGGAGACAUGCAGCUCAUCUGCGAGGCUUACGACAUUCUCAAGCGAGGCCUCGACCUCCCUCCCACGGAGAUUGCCGACAUCUUCACCAAGUGGAACUCCGGUGUGCUUGACUCUUUCCUCAUCGAGAUUACUCGUGACAUCCUCAAGUACAACGACGACGAUGGUGAGCCUAUGAUCGAGAAGAUCCUUGACUCCGCUGGUCAAAAGGGUACGGGCAAGUGGACUGCCAUCAACGCACUCGACCUCGGUCAGCCAGUCACUCUCAUUGGUGAGGCCGUCUUUGCGCGCUGCUUGUCUUCCUUGAAGGGCGAGCGUACCCGUGCGUCUCAGCGUCUUUCUGGGCCCCAAAAGGUCGCCUUCGCUGGAGACAAGCAACAAUUCAUCGACGACCUCGAGCAAGCUCUGUACGCCUCCAAGAUUGUGUCCUACGCUCAAGGAUUCAUGCUCAUGCGCGAGGCUGCCAAGGAGUACAACUGGACCCUGAACAACCCCUCCAUUGCCCUCAUGUGGCGUGGUGGUUGCAUCAUCCGCUCCGUCUUCCUCAAGGACAUUACCAACGCUUUCCGCAAGAACCCCCAGUUGGAGAACUUGCUCUUUGACGACUUCUUCAACAAGGCCAUCCACGAUGCUCAGGUCGGCUGGCGUCGCGUGAUCGCUCAGGCUGUGCUCUGGGGUAUCCCCACUCCUGCCUUCUCCACUGCCCUGGCUUUCUUCGAUGGCUAUCGCACGGAGCGCCUGCCUGCUAACUUGCUGCAGGCUCAGCGUGACUACUUUGGUGCCCACACCUUCCGCGUGCUGCCCGGAAAGGAGAACGACAGGCUCAAGGCUGGUCAAGAUGUCCACGUCAACGUGAGUGAUCCGUUACAGAUGCGUUGCAACAUGAUAUCGUCCUGAUGUUAGUCCGCUGACUGAUUCUUUGCAUUCCUUGUUGCCGUUGCGUAGUGGACCGGCCGCGGUGGUAACGUCUCGGCGUCCACUUACACUGCUUAA